UGCAAGCUGCUGGAUGAACGCUUGUGUAUCACAUCUUGGCUAAUUCUCCAAAUAGAAGGGCUCUAUCAUUUGCAAGAACCGAUUUUUACACACUGACGUGCUUAUUUUCUGCUGGAUGAUCAGAGCUGAGCCGCGGUCACCAUGACGACAGACGAAGCAGAGAGUCACCAGAAGAAGCCGAGGCAGCAAGAGGAGGCUGGCGGGGACGCCAAGCCGGCCUCUCCCGAAGACCAGCACCUCCGGCCUCGCAACCGAGGCCUCUCCCGCCUCUUCUCCUCCUUCCUGAAGAGACGCUCGCAGUGUGAGAGCGAGGGAGGGGAGAAGGAGCAGCAGCAGGAGGAGGAGGAGGAGGAAGAAGAGGCAAAAGCCCCCAUUGCUGACCCUGAACCUGAGCUGAAGAUCGAGGGGGAGGUGGCCCAUGAUCGCCACUCGCUUAGCAGCGCUGAGGCCCAGGCUGCCCAAGUAGAGAAGAAAGAAGGUGAGCAGGAGGAGGAGGAGGAGGCUGGAAAAGACAAACCGCUCAACAAGGAGAAAGCAGAGGCGGAGAAAGACGGGGAUAACAAGAAGGACGAGGAGCGGAAGGAGGACGCUUCUGAAGGCAGCCGUAACCAAGAGAAAGAAGAGGAGGCAUCCAAAAGUCCCAAAGCUCCACGUCGCCCCAAAACCAUGCAAGUUAAAGUCACCCUGCUGGACGACACUCUCUAUGAGUGUGAACUGGAUAAACAUGCCAAAGGCCAGGAGCUGUUCACAAAAGUGUGCGAUCACCUCAAUCUGCUGGAGAGAGACUAUUACGGGCUGGUCAUCUGGGAGACGCCCAAGGUGAAGACGUUGAUGGAUCUGGCCAAGGAGAUCCGCAGGCAGGUGCACGGGGCCAACUAUGAUUUCACGUUCAAUGUGAAAUUCUACCCUCCGGAUCCAGCCCAAUUGUCGGAGGACAUCACAAGGUAUUACCUGUGCCUGCAACUGCGCAAGGACAUCCUGCAAGGGCGUCUGCCGUGCUCUUUUGUCACCCUGGCCUUGCUGGGCUCCUACGCUCUGCAGUCUGAGCUGGGCGAGUAUGACCCCGAGGUGCACGCCGCUGAUUACGCGAAGGAGAUGAAGAUGGUUAAGGGGCAGAGCAAGGAGCUUGAGGACAAGAUGAUGGAGCUACACCGCACUUACCGGUCAAUGAGUCCAGCUCAAGCUGACAUGAUGUUCCUGGAGAACGCAAAGAAGCUGUCAAUGUAUGGCGUUGACCUCCACCCUGCCAAGGAUCUGGAUGGUGUUGACAUCAUGCUGGGAGUUUGCGCCAAUGGUCUGAUGGUUUAUAAAGACAAACUGAGGAUCAACCGUUUCCCCUGGCCCAAAGUCCUGAAGGUCUCAUACAAGCGCAGCAGCUUCUUCAUCAAAAUACGCCCGUCCGAGGUGGAACAUUAUGAGAGCGCUAUCGGCUUCAAACUUCCAAACUACAAAGCAGCCAAGAAACUGUGGAAAGUGUGCGUAGAGCAUCACACAUUCUUCAGGCUGAUCUCCACCGAGAUGGUCGCAACUCCCAAAAAGUUCCUGGCUCUGGGCUCCAAAUUUCGCUACAGCGGUCGAACUCAGGCUCAAACCAAACAGGCCAGCUCGCUCAUUGACAGACCGGCUCCGGCUUUCCAGCGCACGUCUAGUAAGAGGAACUCCCGCAGUAUGGAUGGAGCGAUGGCGUCCACCCCGGGCAUCAAAUCCAGCCGUCCGGUCAGCGCCCCCAUCAUGUCGCCGCUGUCCCCCGGGGAGAACACGCCGUCGCCUCUGCUGCACACCCUUCAGCUGGCCCAGCGCACGCCCAAGUUCCGGCGCUCGGCAGACAGGAAAGCCGAGCUGAAGGGCCACGGUCGGAAAAGCGGAUCCAGCAAAAGCCAGAGCCCCAGACCGGAGUCCACUCCGGAAAUGAAGCCGUCGGCCAGGAGAGAACGGAGACGUUCGCCCUCUGCGAGCGCUGCCAAUGGCGAAGGAGAGAAAAAGAGCCAGCACUCUCCUCAGACGGAAACGAUGCGAGUGAGGAAGAAACGAGCUAAGAAACUUGAGGGCGAAACUAUUUAUAUCAGACAUAGCAAUUUAAUGUUGGAGGACGUGGAUAAGACCCAGACGGAGAUCAUGCGUCACCACACGAGUAUCAGCGAGCUGAAGAGAAGUUUCAUGGAGUCUGUACCGGAGCCUCGACCCAGUGAAUGGGACAAGCGUCUUUCCAGCAACUCGCCUUUCCGCACAGCGAGCAUCAACGGCCAGCUGCAACCUGCGUCUCCGCUGCUGAAGACCCAGACAAUCACCAUCUCGGAUGUCACCAACUCUCUUCGAGGAACUGUGGCCUACAAAGACAUCCCCUUAGUUCACACUGAGACAAAGACCAUUACCUACGAGUCAGCCCAGGUGUCUCUUCCACAGCCUGUGGACAACUUUGCGGAACGAGACUCCGGGGUGCUGCUGAGCGCCCAGACCAUCACAUCCGAGACCAUCAGCACCACCACUACCACCCAGAUCACCAAGACGGUGAAAGGGGGAAUCUCAGAAACUCGCAUUGAGAAGAGGAUUGUCAUUACUGGAGAUACUGAAAUUGAUCAUGACAAGGCUUUGGCUCAGGCUAUCAAAGAAGCAAAAGAACAACACCCAGAUAUGUCUGUCACCAAAGUGGUGGUCCACCAAGAAACGGAGAUUUCCCCAGAGUAAGAUAAGCUCAUCCAUUGGAGCUGCCUUCAUCACCCUUCCUCCAUUCCUCCCUCUUUCCUUCCCUCCCUUCCUUCCUUCCUCAGCCACCUGACAUCCUUUUUACCUCAGCACUGAGCCACACUCAACCAACCAACCAACCAACCGACCAACCAACCAACAGCACUGCCUUGGACGUAGAGCGCCAGAUGGCAUCAGAGGGACUAACUAUGAACUUUAACCUCCGUGAGCGUGAAGUCGUGUCCCAAGAGUCACCGGGAGAGUCGCCGGAAAAUUCCCAAGAAUCUUCCUAAUUCCCUCUCCUGUUCUACUUACUGCCAAAAUCACAGAGCGACCGAGCGACCGAGCGACGACUAAAAAACAAACGGAAAAUAAAAAACCACGUCUGUAAGGAAAGAAAACCGCUACUACAAAGAUGGUGAACUAUUAUUACCUCUCCAAUUUGGAGAUUUGAACCAAAUUUUCAAAGGGGCAUUUGGUCUUUUAAUCUUUGUGAUGACUAAGUUUAUUUUUGUAUGGCUUUUCUUACAAUCACAAUUGGUUCUCACUAAUGCAGUGGCGUCCUUCAAAGACAGGGAAUGUUUCUUGGGAUUGUACAAAUGGAGACUCACGCUUCCCGUCCCAUUGGCUUGCUUUCUUCUCGAGAGUCAUCAAUAAUUGUUCCUUCCCUUUUAAUGUGAAGCAAUAUUUUUCUCAAGGUGGAAAAGAAUGUUGUCAGGCACUUCUCAUUGUUUUGUACUUGCUGUAGUGUUUGUGAAGGAGACCUUGAUUUGCUAUUCUCUCACCACCUUUUGCUUCUUUCCGUCUUCUUGCUUUGUGGCAUUCUUCUGCCGUCCGUUUGUGGCGCUGUUAUUGCUCCGUACCGUCGAUCGGAUGCAACGUUAGUUAGUGUGCUGUCGUAGCCUCCGGCAUGACAAGAGAGCGUGCAAAAGAGCUUGUUUUGUUUGCUUCAUUUGGGAUAAACUCAUUCACUGCCAGCCCGUUUACAAGUUGUGGCUCUCCCGUCCGUCCUUCUCUUGUUGUAAACAACAUUUCUUUCUUUCUUUCUUUCUUCGUUGUAUAGCCGCCACAGCAUCACAAGGAAGACAUGUUGCACCCACCGCGCGCGCACUGAAUAAAAUGUAUUUUAUCCUG